AUGCGCGGUCGUUCGUUUCUACGUCGGCAUGUUCGUGGUCUCCUGCGGGGUAAAUUUAGCCCAUCGCCGAGUUUAGAGGACGCGCCCGAAGUUGAGGGUGCUCAAUUCGUUUUAUUCAGUAUGACCCACCGACUCCGACGUCGACACGAAACAACAAAGUCUUUCCUAUCACAGUGUCAGUUUGCGGCAUAUAGAUGCGUCGUCGGUCUAGACUUCCCUGCACUCGAAAACUUCGAUACGGAUAUUUUCGCGAGCUACACAGGACCCGAUGGAGGAUUGACACAGGUCGGUGAGAUGCGCCGUCAGCCGUUGGUCCGAAUGGCGAAUUUGGACGACGAGAUGAGUUUAUCCACGGAUGGCAUAAGUUUAUCGGAUGAGACUGACGAAGAUGAAGAGGACGUCGACCAGCCAAUUUCGGCCCCCUUAGGGCGAGAUAAGGAUAAAAACAGAAGUGAAGUCCUGCUGGGUUCGUGUUCGUCCUUGAUAGGGCCGAACGGCCAUGAAGAUACGCCGAGCAGCAGAGGUGCAGGU